CCUUACUUUCUUAAAUAACGCUGUGGGUAUAAAACCACAAAAUCGGUAGAGAAGGCACCAGUCCCGCAGGCAACGGUGCAGACAAUCCUAACGGCUGUAAUUUACAAACAAAAUGACAUUCGUAUUCAAGACGUUCUCGUUGCUAGUAGUAGCGGUAAUUGUUUCCUCGAGUCAUGCUCCAGGGGGUUUCUCAUAUAAUCGUUUUAGUGGUCCAGUGAGUGGAAAGAUAAUCGAAGUUCAAGUUCCACCAGCACAUGGUAUUCCUGCCCAACAACAUGCUGAUUAUGGAUAUGACCAUAAAGCUGGAAAAAUUGAUCCCGAAACAGCCAAAUAUGACCGUUUAAAAACAGUUGAUUACAAAGCUAAACCCGAUUACAACUUCGCUUACGGAGUUCAAGACCCUCACACUGGAAAUCAACAAGACCACAAGGAGUAUCGCGACGGAGACGUUGUUCACGGCGAAUACUCUCUGGUUGAGCCUGAUGGUUCUAUUCGUCUAGUUCGUUACACCGCCGAUCCCAAAAAUGGUUUCCAGGCUGUUGUACAUAAGAAGCCUGGAGGUCAACCGAACGCACCAGUACAUUAUGCUCAAAAGCAUCAAAACGAAGAUGACUCAAGAGAAUAUUAG